AUGUCUACCUUUGAGGAAUACGACGUUGGCUACGCCGACAACAAGAAUAUCCACUACCUCGCUGCGGGUCCAGUCAAUGGACCUCUCCUUGUAUUCGUCCAUGGCUGGCCGGCGAUUUCACUUGCAUGGAAACCUCAGCUUGAGGCGUUCAGCGCUCUAGGUUUCCGGGCCAUCGCGCCGGACAUGCCCGGAUACGGCAAAUCGACAGCUCGCAAAGUUAUCGAGGAUUACUCCCAGCAGAGUAUUCUCGAAGGACUACUAGCACUCCUCGCACACACUGGUCGGAAGGAGGCCGUCUGGAUCGGUCAUGACUGGGGUUCCCCGUGCGUUUCAACUGUUGCAGCACAGCGUCCGGAAGUUGUCAAGGCCCUGGUGAAUGUCUGUGUUCCGUAUCGCACACUUGACUUGGGGCUGAACGCAAUACUGGCCCUUGUCGACCGCCAGGUUUAUCCCGAAGACCAAUACCCCUACGGACAAUGGGACUACAUGCGUCAUUACGAAGAAGAUUUUGAAAAGGCUGUCGCCUGGUAUGAGAAAGAUAUCGAGGGGAUCAACAAGGCUUUGUGGCAACCGGGCAAGCCAGUUUAUCCCCCUAAGCCCACAUUCACUUCCACUGUCAGAAAGGACGGAGGAUGGUUUGGCGGGAUCUCACAACCUCCAUCCCCAGAUCAAAUUCCAGCUCCCCUCCUCGAGGGUGAGGUCUUUGAUGAGUUCACUAAGGCGAUGAAGAAGACGGGGUACUGGCCGGGAUCAGCUUACUACAUGAACCAUGAGCGCAACCACGAGUUCAACUCAAAGGCACCAAACGAUGGCAAAUUUGAGAAGCCUGCCUUGCUCAUUCAUGCAGCAUUCGACUACGUGUGCGAGACCAAGACUACCCGGCUAGCCGAGCCAAUGCGCCAGGCGUGUAGCAACCUCACCGAAGUGACUAUUCAAGCUGGACAUUGGGCAAACAUGGAGAAGCCGGCUGAGACCAGCGCAGCUCUUUCGAGGUUUAUCCUUGAGGAAGUUCCUGAUUACUGGCCUGGGUUCUGGGAAAGCGGGUACGCGAAGCGCCAAAAGUCAGUACUUUGA